UGUAGGAUAUGUGGGGACAGGAGCAGUGGGAAUCAUUACGGGAUCGUAUCCUGUGAGGGAUGCAAGAGCUUUUUCAAGAGAGCUGUCCGAAAUGGGUCGCAGUUUCGAUGCAAGAAGUUCGGAGCAUGUGAGGUGACGCUGACCAGCAGGACCCAAUGUCCGGGCUGCAGGAUGGACAGGUGUCUGAAGAUGGGAAUGAAA